GCUCUGCACACAGAUGUCUGAGGGCAUGGCAGAAAAAUAUGAAUAACAUGUUAAACAAGGACUUAAGUCAUCAGAAAGAGCGGAAUCAGUGCAGAUAAGACAAAGACACUCAACACUGAGAAACUUGAUCAGCUUUGGAAAUGAACAGCUGCCAACUGUGGGAUUUGAAGAUGUGGGCAUUGAUGGGAGCUGUCUGCCUGUGCCACUGUGUCUUUGGACAGCUGUUUGAGUCCAAGCUGAAAGGAGCACCACGUCUGAUCUGCAGUGUCCCCGGGUCACCGGGCCUGCCUGGAAAACCUGGUCCCAGCGGGCCCGCGGGAGCAGAUGGGAAUGUGGGUAUUCCUGGAAGAGAUGGCAGAGAUGGCAGGAAGGGUGAAAUGGGAGAAAAGGGAGACACAGGGAUAAAGGGCAGGGUCGGACCGACAGGUAAGAUUGGGGGUCGAGGUGACCGUGGCCCUGCAGGGAAACAAGGCCCUAGAGGAGAGAAUGGAGAGGUGGGCCCACCUGGUCCUCCAGGACACAAUGGAGAGAAAGGGGAAAAGGGCAAACAAGGGACACGUGGAACUUCAGGAAUCUGCAAAUGUGGCAGCCUGCUGCCGAAAUCUGCCUUCUCUGUGGGAAUCACCAGCAGCUACCCCACAGAGAAAACCCCCAUCAAGUUCAACAAGGUCCUGUUUGAUGAGGGCGGACAUUACAACCCACGGACGGGCAAGUUCAUCUGUGCAUACCCAGGCAUUUAUUUUUUCUCCUAUGACAUUACACUGGCCAACAAGCACCUGGCAAUUGGCCUAGUACAGAAUGGCCAGUAUCGCAUCAAAACCUUUGACGCCAACACAGGGAACCAUGACGUGGCAUCUGGGUCCACUGUGAUGUACCUGAACCCAGAAGAUGAGGUGUGGAUGGAGAUCUUCUACCACGACCAGAACGGUUUAUUUUCUGAUCCAGGCUGGGCUGACAGCUUGUUCUCUGGCUUCCUUCUUUAUGCUGACACAAACUAUUUUGACACACUGGCAGAGGACUACGCAUAGAACCUGGAACACACACAAAAUAAACACACACAAAAAAAUGCUCAUCACUGUUGUUUUGAUAGUUUUAGCUAUCACACAUAUGGUAUGUGAAGCUAUAUUUUUAUAAAAAAUAUUUGUACUGCUUGUUAUAUUGUUACUAUAGAGACUUAUCUACUGAUGUAAAAGAACAGGAUUUAAGCUUGAAUGACUUUCUGAUUUAUUUGUUUUGGGCUGAGGGUGGAAGUUGGAUCAAUAAUAACUUAAAUAAACAUUGUUGACAGGUA